UGUAUGGAAUGUAUUUUAUAUUCUAUUUUCUUGGAAAAUACAGACAAAUCCACACUAUUCAACAGUUUGGCAACACUGCAGAAAACUUCAGAAGGGAUUAUCAUUCCAGAUGUCUUUCAAAGUUGGCCCUUGAUCAACCACUGAUCCGAUCUUAAUUGUUUUUGGAGUGUUCGACAACCCUGCAGAGCACUCCAAAAUCAAUUAAGAUUUCAGACGUACUCCGGAUCAAAUAAAUGAGAUAUAAC